AUGUUCAGUUUAAAUGCUAUUGUAUUAUUAAUUUCGUGUGUCGUUCUUGUCACAUCUCUACCGGCGACUUUUGUGAAUCGUUUUGAAACGGAAGCCAAGGCGUUGGAAAACUAUGAAGCCAUGGAACAUGCCCGCUAUGCUCGCUCACCCCAACAUGGUAGUGUGAAUAUCGAUUAUACCAAAGAUCAACGUGGACGUGAAGCUUCCGUGCAAUAUAAUCACAAUCUGUAUACCAGCAGUGAUGGUCGUGGUUCUAUUGAUGCCUAUGCUCAAGGUAGCAGAAACUUUGAUUACAAUCGCAACAACUUUGGUGGUGGCAUCCAAGGCAAAUGGAGAUUUUAAGC